GUUGUUUUGAGGUUUGACACGAGCAAAGUCUUCAACUGAUCAUCUCCUAACCAAGCAAUCUCGGAUUCAUGGGUCACGACUGUCUGGAGGCUGGAGCCGUUUCGCGCGCGUAGAAGACCGAAGAAAGGGGAAAAACAAAAGAAAACAGAUAAAGAAAAGAAGAAAAAAGAAAAGAGAUUUAAAUCAUGAAAAGAAAAUAAAGAAGCAGAGAAGGAUCCCCCCAGAAAUUUGCCAAUCGGACAUCACAAAGAAAGUUCUCGCGGAGGAACACUAAUACUACUCAAAGCCCGCUGUUCACGUUUCCACAUUUACUUGUUCCAGAGGGUUUGAAUCAUCUAAGUUCAUAUCGAUCUGCAAGUUCCAUGAACCUCGUGCUUAACAUCUACCUCGGUUUCAAUCGUUUUUAUCUCAUAUUACUGGACUUGGUAGAGCUGCCUUAAUGAAGCUGAAUCCCUUCGUUUUCUAGUAAUGGCAGAUUACAGAGGAAGCACUAAGGGCCAAUUAGUUUACACUCAAGAGACUCGAUCCCAGUGGAACCCUGCGAUGGAGAACGGAAUCGGAGGCUUAGUUAACAGGUUCUCGAGAUUGGGUGUCGACGAUUCUUCGAUGGAACACUUGGUACAGAUCAUGAAGGCAGUUCAAGCCGCUGAGGACACCAUCAAGCAACAGGUGGAAGAGAAUAACCGCUUGAGGAAUGAACUUCAAAAGAGGGACCAAGAACUAGAAAAAUAUAAACCAGAUGAUUCAACAGUUAUUGGACCUCAUUCAGAGAGAGGCAAGCAUAUCCAUGGACCUUAUAGAGCAUGUCAAUCAUUUACUUCUGAAAUGAGCCAAGAAGAAAGUCAACAUUACUCCGAGGGCAGCAAGGUAAAUGGAAAUUUGAAGGCACUUCCUAGGGGGCAGGCAGCUGUAGAUAAUGCUGGCUUCUCUCAAUUUUCCCAAUUAGAUUCAAGAUCCUUUUCUCCAAGCAGGUACCAAAGAGAAGGUGAAUUUGACACCGAAUAUGGCUCAGCUGGACGAGGGCUAAUGUCAAAUAACUCAAACAGUGUCUGGAAGCAGGACCUCAUUCUUAAGGUUCGGGAGCAUGAAGAAGAGAUCUUGCAGCUGAGGAAACAUCUUUCUGAAUAUUCUAUCAAGGAAGCAGAAAUUCACAAAGAGAAGAAUAUACUGGAAAAGCGCAUUGCUUAUAUGCGUUUGGCAUUUGAUCAACAACAGCAGGACCUUGUUGAUGCUGCAUCAAAAGCUAUCUCUUAUAGGCAAGAUAUAAUUGAGGAGAACAUACGUCUUACAUAUGCAUUGCAGGCUGCACAGCAAGAAAAAUCAACAUUCGUAUCAUCUUUAUUGCCUCUUCUGGCAGAGUAUUCUCUACAGCCAUCAGUGCCUGAUGCCCAAGCCAUUGUUAGUAAUCUUAAGGUACUAUUUAAACAUCUUCAGGAGAAGCUUGUUGUUACUGAGGCAAAAUUAAGUGAAUCUCAGUAUCAGCUAGCACCAUGGCAUUCUGAUGCAUUGAGCCACUCAAUUUUUCCUCUGAAGUCACCAGCUCAUUCCAUUGGUGCAGCACUGACUACUUCAAAAAAAAAUGGGCUUGAACUGGUGCCUCAGCCAACAUAUUCUUAUGGCCAAGCACUGGUUUCUUCUCCUUCCAAUGCUCAGAUUACCACAGACUGGGACCCUUUGGCACAUCAUAUCCAUCCUUCUACUUCUGGUGGUGCCACUACAAAAAGUAUGGAUCCUGAUAAAUUGGUCAGGUCUUCACCAUCCACAAGCAGGAAUUCUGCAAUCCUAGAUGCAGCUGUGCAAUUUACUGCUGCUCAUGGUGAUUCUCAAAGUACACGUUUUAGUGAAGCGACCACCCAUUUUGUUAGUAGCAAUGAGAUGGUUGAUUCAGAUGCAGUUAGGCACCAAAAUGAGAGAGAAACUUCAGCUCAUUGGGGAUCUGGAAACUCUGCUUACUUGACUCCCACACUUGAUGAUCCAAACUCCUCAUUUUCACCCUAUUUACCUGCAGUACUUGAGGAACCUUCUUCCUCAUUUUCUGAAGCUGCAGAUGAUGACCCUUUACCAGCUGUAGAAGGCCUUCAGAUCUCAGGUGACGCUUUUCCAGGCCGAAAACUUCAGGCAUGUGGAUACUCCAUUAAUGGGACAACCAGUUGUAAUUUUGAGUGGAUACGCCAUAUGGAAGAUGGAUCUGUAAACUACAUUGAGGGGGCAAAGAAACCUACCUACUUAGUUACUGCUGAUGAUGUUGAUUGCUACCUUGCUAUUGAAGUCCAACCUCUGGAUGACAGAAAACGCAAGGGUGAAAUUGUAAAGGUCUUUGCAAAUGAGCAACGAAAGAUAACUGGUGAUUCUGAGAUGAAAAAUCAGGUAGAAAAGACCCUUUAUAGUGGGCAUGCUUCUUAUGAAGUUAUUUUAUUGUUUGAACAUCAUGAUGUCUGGGAGCCUGCUAUUUUGGCUCUUAAGAAGGAAGGGUUUAGUAUCAAGUGCAAAGGAAAUCGGAGCGGUGUUUUCACAGAGAAGUUUCUACAAAGCACACUUGUUACAAUUCCUGUUGAACAUGCCACUGCAUUUUCAAUACUUGGUUCUGGUGGGACUGAAUAUGUUUUACAAACAAAUGAUGAUAGUAGCUCGUUAAGAGAUACCAUUGUAUAUAUCAUGAGAUUGUUCAUCAAGCGGGCUGGUGAGAAAAGGAAAGGGAGGAAGAAGGUUCUUUUCUUCAACAAUUAGGCAACAACAGCUAUAAAAAAAACAAGUAAGGAACAUUUCUUUUUUCUUCUUUUCAUCCUUUCCUUCUUUCUAGCUAUAGGGCGUUUGUUGUAAAGAGUGUAAUUACAUAGUUGUGCAUGUUAUAUGAGUUUACAGUUGUAGAUUUUUCUUCUACAAGAGUAGCUAUACAUGAUUUGUAAGAACCAAAGGAAAUUUUUCAUGAAAAAGGGAAUCAAAGUUUUGUUCAAGCUA